AUGGACAAUUGCAAAUCUCAGACAUCUAUAUGUAUAUCAAAUUCAUUUUCGUCAACAUAUCAUGGUUGGUUAGGAUCAAUCAUAAACACUUAUGGAUUUCAACUUUUACAAUCAAUAUUAUUUACCUUUCUUGGUUCAGGUGUUCAAUUACCAUAUGAAAUAUCUAAACGUCUUUCAUCAUAUAUUGAUAUUUUGAAAGAAUUGUGGAAAUCUCGUCAGAUGUUAAAAUUCUCCGAAUUGAUUAAACUAUGGUCUCUACAUCGAUUUCAUGUCGAUUGGAUUUUAUAUAGAAAUUCGAUUGAUGACAAAAGAAGUCUACAACCUCAAUUCAUAGCUGUCGAAGAUAUUCGAUCUAGAAAUUAUUCUUCCGAUCAUUUUCCUGUUGUUGCUGUGUUUCAAUUGAACAAUGAUAAAGAAAAAUAG